AUGAGCCAGGGAGGGGAAUUUCAUUUGAUAUUUGAGGAGCCUUUUCUGUCUGGGGUGUUUCCUGAUGUCUCCUUCAACCAAGAGCUUCCUAGAAAUUUCUUCUCUAGGACCCUGACAUCCUAAUGGGGUCCUUGUGUGAGUCUCUCUGCCCCUCCUUACUCUUCUCUCUGUACUCCUUUCUCCUUCUCCACUCUCCCCUUCCCCACCCAGGCCAGCUGAGCUGCAUUUCCUUCCCACCUAAGGAAGAGAAGUACCUCCAGCAGAUUGUGGACUGCCUCCCCUGCAUCUUGAUCCUCGGCCAGGAUUGUAAUGUCAAAUGCCAGCUGUUGAACCUGCUGUUGGGCGUGCAGGUGCUUCCCACCACCAAGCUGGGCAGUGAGGAGAGCUGUAAGCUUCGGCGCCUCCGCUUCACCUAUGGGACUCAGACUCGGGUCAACCUGGUGCUUCCUGGCCAGUAUGAACUAGUGCACACGCUGGUUGCUCACCAGGGCAACUGGGAAACCAUCCCUGAGGAGGACCUGGAGGUCCAAGAGGACAGUGAGGAUGCUGCCCAUGUUUUAGCCGAACUGGAGGUGACGAUGCACCAUGCACUCUUACAGGAAGUGGACAUUGUGGUAGCACCGUGCCAAGGCCUCCGGCCUACAGUGGAUGUUCUGGGUGACUUGGAGAAUGAUUUCUUGCCUGUGAUAACCUAUGCACUCCACGAAGAUGAACUCUCUGAGAGGGAUGAGCAAGAGCUUCAGGAAAUCCGAAAGUAUUUCUCUUUUCCCAUAUUCUUUUUCAAAAUGCCAAAGCUGGGCUCAGAAAUAAUUGACUCCUCCAACAGAAGAAUGGAGAAUGAAAGAUCACCACUUCAUCGCCAGCUAACUGACCUGGGCUAUCUGAACAGCAGUCACUGUAACUGUGGGGCUCCUGGCCAGGACACUAGAGCACAGAGCAUGUUGGUGGAACAAAGUGAGAAGCUGAGACACUUGAGCAUGUUUUCUCACCAGGUGCUCCAGACUCGCCUGGUGGACGCAGCCAAGGCCUUGAACUUGGUGCAUUGCCGCUGCCUCGACAUCUUUAUUAACCAGGCCUUCGACAUGCAGCGGGACCUGCAGAUUACUCCCAAACGUCUGGAAUAUACGCGAAAAAAGGAGAAUGAGUUGUAUGAAUCAUUGAUGAAUAUUGCCAACCGAAAGCAGGAGGAAAUGAAGGACAUGAUUGUUGAGACGCUUAACACCAUGAAGGAGGAACUUCUGGAUGAUGCUGCCAACAUGGAGUUUAAAGACGUCAUCAUCCCUGAGAAUGGAGAACCAGUGGGCACCAGAGAGAUCAAGUGCUGCAUCCGACAGAUCCAGGAGCUCAUCAUCUCCCGGCUCAAUCAGGCCGUGGCUAACAAGCUGAUCAGCUCCGUGGAUUACCUACGUGAGAGCUUCGUCGGAACCCUGGAACGGUGUCUGCAGAGCCUGGAGAAGUCUCAGGAUGUCUCAGUUCACAUCACCAGUAAUUAUCUCAAACAGAUCUUAAAUGCUGCCUAUCAUGUUGAAGUCACAUUUCACUCAGGGUCCUCAGUCACAAGGAUGCUGUGGGAGCAAAUCAAACAGAUCAUCCAGCGCAUCACAUGGGUGAGCCCACCUGUCAUCACACUAGAGUGGAAGAGGAAGGUGGCGCAGGAGGCCAUUGAGAGCCUCAGUGCCUCCAAGUUGGCCAAGAGCAUCUGCAGCCAGUUCCGGACUCGGCUCAAUAGUUCCCAUGAGGCUUUUGCAGCCUCCUUGCGGCAGCUGGAAGCUGGCCACUCAGGCCGGUUGGAGAAAACUGAAGAUCUGUGGCUGAAGGUUCGGAAAGAUCACGCCCCUCGCCUGGCCCGCCUUUCUCUGGAAAGCCGUUCUUUACAGGACGUCUUGCUGCAUCGUAAACCGAAACUGGGACAGGAGCUGGGCCGGGGCCAGUAUGGUGUGGUCUACCUUUGUGACAACUGGGGGGGACACUUCCCUUGUGCCCUCAAGUCGGUUGUCCCCCCGGAUGAGAAGCACUGGAAUGACCUGGCUUUGGAGUUUCACUACAUGAGGUCUCUGCCAAAGCAUGAGCGGCUGGUGGAUCUCCAUGGUUCAGUCAUCGACUACAACUACGGUGGUGGCUCCAGCAUUGCUGUGCUGCUCAUUAUGGAGCGGCUACAUCGCGACCUCUACACUGGGCUGAAGGCUGGGCUGACCCUGGAGACACGUUUGCAGAUAGCGCUAGAUGUGGUGGAAGGAAUCCGCUUCCUGCACAGCCAGGGACUUGUUCACCGUGAUAUCAAACUGAAAAAUGUGCUGUUGGACAAGCAGAACCGUGCCAAGAUCACUGACUUAGGAUUCUGCAAGCCAGAGGCCAUGAUGUCGGGCAGCAUUGUGGGAACACCAAUCCAUAUGGCCCCUGAACUUUUCACAGGGAAGUAUGAUAAUUCCGUGGAUGUCUACGCUUUUGGCAUUCUCUUCUGGUAUAUCUGCUCAGGCUCUGUCAAGCUCCCCGAGGCAUUUGAGAGAUGUGCCAGCAAAGACCAUCUCUGGAACAACGUGCGGAGAGGGGCCCGCCCAGAACGCCUUCCUGUGUUUGAUGAGGAGUGCUGGCAGUUGAUGGAAGCCUGUUGGGAUGGUGACCCUUCUCAGAGACCUCUCUUGGGCAUUGUCCAGCCCAUGCUCCAGGGCAUCAUGGACCGGCUAUGCAAGUCAAAUUCUGAGCGGCCAAACAGUGGACUAGAUGAUUCUACUUGAAAGCAAACACUUUUCUCUUUCACUCUCUCUUUCUUUACUUCCCUUCACCUUUGGCCAUGGGAAGAAUUUGACAUUUGUUCAUUACAGAGAGCACGCAAGGGAAUUGAUGCUUGCUGGGCAACUUGAGACUUUCCCAGGCAGAGAUGACUCCUGGGUAGUGAAGAGUUGGAUGGCUGUUCGAGCGUAUUCAGCAGUUCACUGAUGCCCCAAGCUAUCCCUUUGGCAAAAGAUUGUCUUGGACAUGUGUAAAAGCUGAACAAUGCAACAUUCUGGCCUCAGAACUGAAAAGGAGGCAAAUGUUACUGUUGUCUGUUCACUAUAUGUUACUAAGACAAGUGGGACACUGCAGUGGCAAUAGUAUUAAAAACUGUAAUUUUCAUAAUUUUGGCUCAAGCUAGGAAUAGUUUGAUUGUAUCCAGUCGUCAGGACCCUUAGAAAAUUUGACCUUAGUUCUGGGAUUGUGAGAACAUGGGAACAAAAAACUAACUUGUGGAUGCCUGGUUCCUGCUGUCUGCAUCAGAGAUCUCAGGGUGCAACAGCCAGAGGCCCCAGCAAGGGAGCUAGAAAUGAAGUUAUCUGUUCCUUAUGGUGCCUGUGCAUUUACAUUUAUAGGACCACAAUCCCUGAUUUCUGGGGGAGGGUUUCAUGGUUACAUCACCAAGAGGCCAAAGA